ACGUGGAACGGAGCCUGCUGCUGUAGCAUCAUCUUCCUCAGCGUCACCAUCAUCCUCCUCUUCCUCGACAUGUCCUCGUCGUCGCGCAAGAUUUCCUCCGAGUCGUUCAGCAGCUCGGUGGGCUCGGACUGCGGGCUCGAGAGCCCCGGGGGAGACGGAGGGGACGGCGCCCUGGAGCCGGCGCUGGAGAGCCGAGGCUGCCCGUUCGCCUCCUUCCCGUCCGCCCACAGAGCGGCUCUCUGGAACGGCCGCAGCCCGGGAGACAGGCCGGUGUGCCCGGCGGGCGACGAGCAGCAAGCACCCUGCGUGCCCCACAAGAGGGCGACCAGGAGGAGACGGGUGAACCUCGACUCGCUGGGGGAGAGCCUGAAGCGACUCACCUCACCCACGACGCAGACUGUUCAGGAAGCUCUUCAACGAACUCUACAAUUCUACAGACAACAAGAGAUCAGAUGCGAGGAAGUUGAAAGUGAUGAAAGGCGAAGAAAAAAGAAAGAGGAGAAGUGCCCACUACUAGAAAAUUCUGGUUCAGAGGAAGACGUCCUACAAAUUCUUCAGUACAUGGGCACAAUAUUAGGAGUACCAUUCUGUGAGCUGCGAGAGCAUUUUGGUGAGGAGUUCUUUGGCCUCUGCUUUGAAGAGAACGAGCGUGUGCUUCGGGCCGUAGGCGGCAACCUUCAGGAUUUCUUCAAUGGCUUUGACGCCAUUUUAGAACACAUUCGCACCUCCACGGGGCGCCGCGCCUCCUCAGAGAGCCCCUCCUUCCAGUGCAAGGACCCCCACGAAGAGGAGAAAGGCAGAGGAAAAUUGAACAAAGUUGGCACCAGCGGAGACCGAGCUGGAAGAGGGAAGGUGUUGCUGCUCCAUUGUUUCCACCCUGCACCUGUAGUUGGAUUAGUUAUGCCAGGUUUGAUUAGAGCUGUCGCCAGGCGGAUCUUUCAUUCACAAGUCGAGGUGGAAGAAGUGCCCCCUCUCACCCCCCUGCUGCCAAAUGAAGAUUCAGAACAUACUGACUGUGACUCUACAACCCCCACACCCACUGCUUCCCCCACUGCCUCUCCGUCCUCAUCCUCGUCCCCUCCCUCGCUUUUUCCAACUUCUGUUCCUACAGUUUGUCUGUCCUUCCUAAUCCAGGAGACAUGCCCUCCCUCGCUCGCUUCCUUCCCAAAUUUUGCCUCGGGGAGCACCAGCCGGCCCCCACUCUCACUCUCCACCAACCCCAGUGACCUUCGCAUUUCCCUGGCUACAUUUUGCCGUGCCUUUCCGUUUCACCUCGUCCUGGGGCCUCGCAUGGAGCUGCUGCAGCUUGGAGAGGGACUGAGGAGACAGGUUCGCAUCGAGCCUCACCGGAGCCUCUCGUUCAGGGACUGUUUUGAGAUCGUCUCGCCCAAGAUGGAUCCCUCUUUCAAGGGCAUCUUGUUGAGACUUGCAUCCCCAUUUACCAUCCGGACCAGGCCCGACAGCACACAGGCUGGCACCAAGGAGAAGGUGAUGGAGCUGAAGGGUCAGAUGAUCCAUGUGCCCGAGUCCUGCUCUUUGAUGUUUCUGGGCUCUCCUCGUGUGGAUAAGUUAGAGGAGCUGAUGGGCAGGGGCCUCCAUCUCUCAGAUAUACCUAUCCACGAUGCCACACGAGACGUUAUCCUUGUAGGGGAGCAGGCCAAGGCCCAGGACGGCCUAAAGAAAAGAAUGGACAAACUCAAGGCCACACUAGAGCGCACUCACCAGGCUCUGGAGGAAGAGAAAAGGAGGACUGUGGAUCUCCUGUAUUCAAUAUUUCCAGGAGAUGUGGCACAGAAACUGUGGCAGGGUCAGCCAGUACCUGCUCGUAAAUUUGAUGAUGUCACUAUGCUGUUCUCGGACAUCGUGGGUUUUACUGCCGUUUGUGCCCAUUGCACGCCCAUGCAGGUUAUCUCCAUGCUGAAUGAACUCUACACGCGCUUUGACUACCAGUGUGGCAUUCUGGAUGUUUAUAAGAUUGAGACAAUAGGUGACGCUUACUGUGUAGCUGGAGGGCUUCAUAAGAAGGUUGACAGCCAUGCGAAACCAAUCGCUCACAUGGCUCUGAAGAUGAUGGAGCUGUCUGAGGAAGUGCUGACACCUGAUGAGAAACCUAUCAAGAUGCACAUCCGUAUUCACACAGGUUCAGUCCUGGCAGGUGUGGUCGGGGUUAAAAUGCCACGCUACUGUCUGUUUGGGAACAACGUGACUCUAGCCAGCAAGUUUGAAUCAGGAAGUCAUCCGAGGUGCAUCAAUGUUAGUCCGACAACAUAUCAGUUGUUAAAGGACGACCGCUCUUUUUCUUUUGUCCCUCGCUCACGCCAGGAACUCCCAGAUAAUUUUCCCAAAGAGAUCCCAGGGACGUGUUACUUCCUGGAGGCGGGGACGUCCCACAGCCACGCCUCCCUUACCAGCUCUCGCUCCGCGCCUCCGGCCUCUAUGAGGAAAGUCUCUUACAGCAUCGGCACCAUGUUUCUAAGAGAAACAAGUCUGUAGAUCCACAUGGAAACCAGUUUGCACAGGUGUUCAUGAUGGGAGGGACUGGUCUUGAACCCAAGGAAUAUGUAGGAGACUUAAAUCUGUGGAUAUGCAAAUGCAUUCUGUAAAAACUUGGAUAGACGCUUCCAUC